AUGAUCCUUCCUCAGAUUGCAGACAUUAGCGUCUCAAACAUUGCCAGCAUCCUUGCAACCACCUCCAGCGCUUCCAACAUGGGCGGCGAGACGGACUCCAACCUGCUCAGCCAGUGGUCUAAUCCCACCGAUAUAUCGACUAUCCUCAUGGUGAUCGGCGGCGACGUUGUCCAGAAAGCACUUGCGCAGGGAACGGGCGUGUGGUAUUUCACGCCAGUGUGCUUCUCAUUCGGCUGCGUCUCCUACGCCUUCACUGCUCUCGUCAAUAUCAUAGGAAAUGGGCGCCUCCUCCCGGAACCGGACUAUCCCGUCAAGGUGUUCAAUCUUGAGUCAGGCUAUGUCCGCGAGAACAAGAACUGGGUUGCUGGUCGAAUCCUGCGGGACCUUGAGACCAGUCUAUCAGAGGAGGAGCCCUUGGCUGACGACGCCGUCCGCAUAUCUGUCUAUGAGGCCGCAGUCAACCGUAACGGCCUGACUCAGUUCUCCCUCAGCCAUAUGCACCUCUGGGGCCUUGCAUGUAUCCUGGUGCAGCUCGAUCUGGCCACUAUUCCCAUCGCCCUGGCGCGGGAGUGGGACAUAAUGCUCAUCACGGCGGCGGGCACGCUCCUUGUACAGAUGGUGGGCGCACUGCCCCAGUGGCGCGCCGAGAAGCUGCCCAACCGCCAGAGGCGGUCCGCAGCCUACGCCCUGACGCAGGGCAACGGGUCGCGCGAGAUCGCCGUCAUCUUCGGCAAGUCCAACUGCCUGGAUCUCGAGGAGCUGUCUUCGUCGAGCAGUCCCCGGGGUGGCAGGCCCUGGGAGAAAUUCACGUGGGGCGACAUCUUCUCGAAGCCGCGCAGAGGCAAGGAUGGCCAUCCGGAGAUACCGCGCCGAGACACCCGGCUGCGCAAGGCGCGAGUCGGCCACGGGCUCCCGUUCGGUUUCUGGCUCACGCGCGUGUCGGUCGUGUCGCAGUCCGUCCUCUGGCUGCUGCUGCUCGUCAACGUCGCCAGCUCGCGCAGCUACAACUGGGUGCUCCUGGCGAUUGGAGCCCUGGGUAUGUUCCAGAAUGGCUACCUGGCGGGGAUGGUACGGCCGCCGCACCUGCGCAACCUGCCGCUGACACAUGUCGAGGUCAUCCGGGCCAAGAAGGUAAUGGAUGGGCUCGUGGACCUGGAGGUGCAGUAUCGCUGCGCUGAACCGCUCCGAGACGAGUUCUUCCCCGGAAAACUGCGUGAAGCAGAGAAUGAAUGGUGGAGGGGGAACAGGGCCCCUUGUGACAACGACAGGGCGAACGCAGAGUGGCGCGGCACGCCGCGGAGUUAUCAGAAGAGAAUCUCAACACUGUCUGGCCCAUCGAUCAAGUACACCGGGCAGGCCCAGGUGCCGGUGCGUAUGGAGGAACGUGAGAGAUAUAGCUAUCACUCUUACACACCGUCUGUGACCAGCGGUCGCAGCGUUCCGCCAGCUCCAGUUCCGUGGGCCCAGGAAAAGAAGACGGAGCGCGAACCGCCCAGGGCAGACUAUCAAUACCCGGGGCUGUCUACAAAGCCAAUACGCGCUGCAAGGCCAGUGUCAUCAGCAGACAGGAGACUGGAUGAUUGGAAGGAGGCAAAAGAGCCAGGAAACAUCCCAGAAGUGGACGGAAAGAGCACGUGGAACGAUCACGAAAGGGACUUAGACAUGAAGUGGAGAGAUAGCAUCCCGAGGUUGCCUUCCAAUAACAUGUAA